UCGAAGCCGAAACGAAGAAAACUACACCCCUUUUAGGGUUUUUGCUUUCCCUCCAAAAUAAUAUCGCAGAUUCGGUACUUCCCCAACGUUCCCUCCAAUUUCGCUCUUCGUCGUCCGCAUCGUCACUUUUAUUUUCACUACGGUCGAAAUCAACCACCAUUGUUGUUCUGUGCUGUGCUGAGUGCUGUGAAUUCUUAGAUUAGAUUUUAUUUAUUUUUUUAGUUUCAAUUGUUUUUGGAUAGUUUUAAAAGAUAAUUCUUUUCAUUAUUUCCUUUCGCGUCCUUAGCGGAUUCGAGGGUGAUAAAGAUAAUGGGUCUCUGGUUCGAUGACGAAAACCGUUCAGAUUCAAGGAGGAAGAAUUCGAGUGUGGAUAUAAGAGAAAUGGAAACACAACGAAUUGACAGUGAUGAUGUGGAAGAUGGUGAGCAUGAUAAUUUUCUUUAUCUCUCCGAUACAAUGCCUAUUGAUGAUGCUUGCUCAACGGAGAAUUCUCUUGAAGCCCAAUUCGGGGAUCUUGCAGGGGAAACCCAAUUGGUGGACCCUGUGGAUGAAACUGAAUUGGCAGAUCUUGAGGGUGAAUCUCAAUUGCUGGAUCUUGCAGGAGAGACCCAAUUGUUGGAUCUUGUUGAUGAAACUCAAGUUGUUGAUGAUCCUGAUUGUGUGGAACAUAUGCCACAUGAGUUUUUGGAUGAGAUUACUACGAAAAAUAGUAUGGAACAGUGUGAGACCCAAGUAUUAUCUCAGAAUGGCAAUGAUAAUAUGGAUGCCUGUAUUUCUGCCACACUGAAGGACAGAGUGGACAAUCAACCUCCUAAAGAUGGUUACCAUAUUUGUAUGACACCAUCCAAUACAGUCGUCAAUUCAGAGCAUCAUUCAGGGUCAGUUUCCAAAGGAUUCACCUCAGUCCGUGCUGCAUCAAUCAGGGCCUCUGGCUUGGCUGCCUGUGCCCGGGGAUGUAUUGGUAUAUCAUUUUGCAGCAGUAAGGAUAAAACUUCUGUAGAACGAAAAAAAUGCAAGCUGGAUAACUCAUCUCCUCUGGGAUAUUGCUCGGAGUCUGAAAGACACCUUGGGAAUAAGAAGAUUGAAAACAAUGGGGAGCUGAAGGAUGCAAACAAAUGCAAGACUGGCGGCACGGCCAUGAGGAAGCUUUUCAGAGAGAAUGAUUAUACUGAUCUUAAUUUGUCAGGAGAUGAUGUUGACCAUGCGGUUGAUAAUCCCAACAUGCCUGAGUUGCCUACUUCUGACAACUGCUUGGCUGGGUUAAGCUAUGCUGAUUCUCAGGAACCUGGAGAGCUAUCACAAAUCCAUGCACUUGAGGUAGUGGAUAAAUUUCUUGAUCGUAAUGCCAUGGAACUUGAAGAAGGCUUUGGCUCAGGAUUUCGCAAUACAGAAAACUUGAAUUUCAUCUCUAGUGCUAAAGGUUCUCUGAAUUUGGUUAAAACUUCUAUUGGCAAAUGCACUGAUAGAGAACACCGGAUUUAUGACUGGGAUAAUAUUCGUGAAGAUGAUGGUGGGGGAGACUUUUUCCAGAAGAAAAAGAAGCUUUUCUUUGACAAGGGAGGUACUGAGCCUAGGAAAGGCAGGCACAACAAUGCUGGAAGUGUUGAGCGCUGUGGAAAUGUUGGAAAUAAGGAUGCACAAUGCAGAAAGGAUAAGUUAGGGGAUACAGUUUCCUUGGAUUCAAAGUUGAUGCUGCAAAAUCUAAGAGGAAGAGGAAAAUCACUUGAGUGCAGGGAUGAUGUCUUUGACAAGAAAUCUGUAAAUAAUCUGGAUGAGCAGUUACAGAGGGUAUCUGGGCACGAUAUGGCAGAUAAUGGUAAAUGUAAUGAUGGUUUGGAAAUGAAUACUACUAUUGGUCCUGAUACUCAAAUGGCUGCUGAAGCGAUCGAGAAUCUGUGUUUUGUAGUGCAGUUGGAUGACAACAAUAAUAGUGCAUCCGACAAAGGCAGACUCGCCCUGGCAAAGCAAACUACUCGAAAGAGAAAAGAGAGUGCUUCUUUGGAAGAACAGCCAAUAACUGAAACAUUAUGCCCCACUAGGGCUGCUGUUUCCAAAGAAGCCAAACAGUCUAAGAAAAUUAAGAAGAACCAUGAUGCAAUGCCGGAAGUGGCAGAGCAGAGGAAACUGACUGGAAUGGAAGCAACCUGUCAAAGAUCAGCUGGGCCGAGUGAUCUCAAGGAACAGCAUGAUGUUUCUAUCCCUGUUGCUAAGAGAACAAGAAAAUGCUUAGAGUUAAAUAAUCCAACGGUAGCUACAAAUUCAUUUGAUCCUACGGGGGAGAUAAAGGAUUUGAUGAGUUCACCGAUCCUCAAGAAAAAGAGGACAGGUGCCAAUGUUAGAAGUGCCAGAAUUGUCACCAUUGAACAACUUAAACGGAUCGGUUUAGCUGCACAUAAUCAAUCAAAGAAAAGACUUUUUAGUACUGUCAAUGCUUUGAAUGUUGAUGUCAUGGACAACGGACAAGGAAAAAAAUCUGAACAAGAAAUUUUGACUGUUGGAAGAGCAAUUGACACCUGUAGUGGAGAAUUUGAAAGACCCAGAGUUGCCCCGAAAAGUGAUAAUGAGAAAUCUGGUGAAAAUACAAAAGGAAAUAGCAAUCUAGAAGCAUCGCCGAGCACUUCUGCUUGCAGAACACCUGCUAGUUGUGUGAAACCAGUGAAAAAUGUUUCUCCAAUUUGCAUGGGCGAUGAGUAUCUCAAGCAGUCCUGCCGAAAUAGCCUAUCUAAAACGUCCCUUAUUAAAGAAAUUGACAGCUUGGCAACUCCUUUACCGGGACAUUAUGACAGAACAAUAGAGUUGAGAAAGAGGAAAGACAUCACACAGGUUAAAGUCUUGUUUAGUCAGCACUUGGCAGAUGAUGUUGUCAAGCAGCAGAAGAAGAUUUUGUGUCGCCUAGGGGGUGGUGUUGUGGCAUCUAUGUCUGAGGCAACACAUUUUGUGGCUGAUGAAUUUGUUCGCACUCGGAAUAUGCUAGAAGCAAUUGCUUGUGGGAAGCCAGUGGUUACUCACUUAUGGCUUGAAAGUUGUGGACAAGCUAAUUGUCUUAUUGACGAGAAAAAUUACAUACUCAGAGAUGCUAAAAAGGAAAAGGAGUUUGGUUUUUGCCUGCCUGUUUCUCUUUCUCGAGCUUCUCAACAUCCGCUUUUACAGGGACAAAAGGUCUUUAUUACACCAAAUACGAAACCCGGGAAGGAAACUCUUGUGAAUUUGGUAAAGGCUGUUGCUGGAUUGCCUAUUGAAAGACUCGGAAGAUCCGUAUUGAAUAGUGAGACGCCUCCGGACAAUCUUUUGAUUCUGACUUGUGAAGAAGAUUAUGAUCACUGUGUUCCUUUUCUGGAGAAAGGUGGCGCCGUCUACAGCUCGGAAUUGCUUUUGAAUGGAAUUGUUAAACAAAAGUUGGAAUUUGAAAGACACCUACUCUUCUUGGAUCAGUUGAAGAGGACGCGAUCGACGGUGUGGGUGAAGAAGAACAACAGGUAUGUUGCUGCUACAAAAUGCAAAGUAAAGUAAGGUUCAAUGUGUUUCCAUAAAUCAGAAUAAUGUGUUUGUAGGAGUGAAUAAUCAAUGUAUGACCUUGAAUAUGGAAUGAAUCUAAGUUGUAACUUUUGCAAUUUUUUCUUGUCAUUUAUCUGUAGCCAUUUUAG